ACCAAACCCAAGGGACCACACAGCCCAUUCUGCUCCGUAUACCAGCUUUCUGUCUCUAGAAAAAAACACAUUUGAAGCAUGAAUUCUCAGCAGCAGAAGCAGCCUUGCACCCCACCCCCUCAGCCUCAGCAGCAGCAGGUGAAACAACCUUGCCAGCCUCCACCCCAGGAACCAUGCAUCCCCAAAACCAAGGAGCCCUGCCACCCCAAGGUGCCUGAGCCCUGCCACCCCAAAGUGCCUGAGCCCUGCCACCCCAAAGUGCCUGAGCCCUGCCAGCCCAAGGUUCCAGAGCCCUGCCAGCCCAAGGUGCCUGAGCCCUGCCCUUCAACGGUCACUCCAGCACCAGCCCAGCAGAAGACCAAGCAGAAGUAAUGUGGUCCACAGCCAUGCCCUUGAGGAACUGGCCACUGGAUACUGAACACCCUACUCCAUUCUGCUUAUGAAUCCCAUUUGCCUAUUGACCCUGCAGUUAGCAUGCUGUCACCCUGAAUCAUAAUUGCUCCUUUGCACCUCUAAAAAGAUGUCCCUUACCCUCAUUCUGGAGGGCUCCUGAGCCUCUGCGUAAGGCUGAACGUCUCACUGACUGAGCUAGUCUUCUUGUUGCUCGGGUGCAUUUGAGGAUGGAUUUGGGGAGGGAUCAAGUGAACCAUCCCUAGUCUUCCCUCAAUAAAUAACUUUUAACUCCA